CCAACUCCAUGACACAAUCAAUCAUCUGAAACGCUGAAUAAAUCCACCCUUUUUCAUUUUGUGUUGACAAUGGAAGAAGCGUGGAGUUGGUUGAAGCUCUUCCGCGUCUUUGUGGCGGUCAUGUCUUUGUCUUUGUCUCUGUCUCCCUUCACCAUGGAACCUGUUUCGUCUUCGACUCUCAAUACCCAAGGGUUGGCGUUGAAAAAGAUGAGAGAGAGGUUGGUGAGAGACCCAAUGGAUGCUUUGUGGAGUUGGAAUGGCAAAGAAGAAGGAGGGAUUGAUCCUUGCUCAUGGUUCGGAGUAGAGUGUUCCCAUGGCAAUGUUGUAUCCUUGAAUUUGAAAGAUCUAUGUCUCCACGGAACACUAGCACCCGAAAUUGGGAAACUAGUUCACAUAAAAUCAAUCAUUUUGCGCAACAACUAUUUCUAUGGAGACAUCCCUAAGGAGAUACUACAAUUAGAGGACCUGGAAGUACUUGACUUAGGAUAUAACAACUUUAGUGGACAAUUUCCAUCUCAUGACCUAGCAAGCAAUCCAUCUCUCACUACCCUUUUGUUGGACAACAAUGACCAUCUUGCCAUCUUAACCCCAGAAGUGAAUAAGCUCAAGACAUUUUCUGAAUUGCAUGUACAUGAAGAACAACUAACUGGUGCCACUAGAGAAGCAUGUGUUAGUGUUAGCAUAUAUAAUAUCAGGAACAAUGGCCAACAUGGGGAUAUAGCAUACGAAAGGAAACUUCUCCAAGAAACAAAUGGUGUUAAGAGGGGUGAUGAUGAAAAAGAAACUCUUUCACCAUCACCUUUUCCCUCUACACUAUCACCACUUUCUGAGCCUUUCUCACCAUCAGAGAGUCCGUCAGACUCACCAACAUCUCCAGAAGUUUCCCCUUCACCAUCUCCAUCUCUCCCUACUUUCUUUUUCACUCUUUCACCCUCACCUUCACCUGUGGUAGCACAAACUCCAGAUAUACCACCUCCAGCAAAUCCACCUAUGGUUGAGUCCACACCAUCACCUUCCAAUUGGGUUGCAAUGCCUUCUCCUGCCUCAUCUUCAAACAAAGGGAAUGCAGACAGUUCAAAAUCAAAGAAAAGUACUGUGAUUAUUUGGUCUACAGUUGGGGGAUUCUCCUUCCUGAUUUUGGUGUCAGCGGUUGUUCUUGUUUGCUUUAGAAGUAGUAAGGUUGUAACAGUAAAACCUUGGGCCACAGGUUUGAGUGGUCAGCUGCAGAAAGCAUUUGUAUCAGGUGUUCCAAGUCUGAAACGAACAGAACUUGAAGCAGCUUGUGAAGAUUUUAGCAACAUUAUUGGUUCACUUCCUGAUGGGACUAUUUAUAAGGGUACUCUCUCCAGUGGAGUUGAGAUAGCUGUAGCAUCUUCUUCAGUGACUUCAUUCCAAAACUGGUCAAAAAAUAUGGAAACUCAAUUCAGAAAGAAGAUCGAGAUGUUGUCGAGAGUGAACCACAAGAAUUUUGUGAAUCUUAUUGGAUAUUGUGAAGAGAAUAAGCCAUUCACAAGGAUGAUGGUUUUUGAGUAUGCCCCAAAUGGAACACUAUUCGAGCAUCUACACAUUAGAGAAGCAGAACAACUAGACUGGGGAAUGAGGAUGAGAAUAGCAAUGGGAAUAGCCUACUGUCUGGAACACUUGCAUCAGCUGACACCACCCAUUGUCUACAGAAACAUACUAUCUUCCUCUAUAUACUUGACUGAAGAUUAUGCUGCUAAAUUAUCAGACCUUAGUUUCUGGACUGACAUGGACACUGCAAAGAAGGGUUCAGAAGCCACACAGCUCUUAGAAACAACUCCAGAAUAUAUAAAGGCUAAUGUAUACAGCUUUGGGGUACUAUUGUUUGAAUUGAUUACAGGGAGAGUUCCCUAUGCAGUGGAGAAUGACUCACUUGAUGAUUGGGCAGGAGAAUAUAUAAAGGGGCAACCCUUGAGAGAGUUGGUGGACACAAGCCUCAACUCUUUGCAAGCAAAUGAAAUUGAAAAAUGGGCUGAAGUGAUUAACAGCUGUGUAGAUCCUGAUCCAGAAAAAAGGCCAACUAUGAUAGAAGUUUCUGCUAAGUUGAAGGAAAUCACUGCUAUGGGGCCUGAUGGAGCAACUCCAAAACCAUCUCCUCUUUGGUGGGCAGAAAUAGAAAUUAUGUCCACUGACUUUAAUUCAGAUAUUAAUCCAUAACUCCAAAAAAAAAAAAAAGAGAGAGUAUAUAUUGGGAUAAUAAUCUGAGCAACUACUCUGAAUUUGGAGUUUGAUGCCAUUGUUUAAUUUCUUUUAGUUAGUUAUGUUUAGAUUCUUUUUAUUUGAAGCUAACUGAAUUAGGGUGGAUGGAAGAAACAACUUUUGUUUCAGUAGAGCAAUUUAUUUUUGUAAAUAUUUGAGGAAUGAAUUUGUUUGUAUCCUUUUAUAAAUGAAGUUUGCGUUUCUUUA